AUGCCGCUGUGUGACAUCACAAACGGGCCGCCACCGGCCACGCCGCCGUCCAAGUACGCCGAGUACCUGCUCGCUGAGCCCGAGGCUUCGCCCGACCCGCGCCUCCGCGCCCUGGAAGCCCGCCUCGCUGAGGCCGAGGCCCGCCUCGCCGCCAAGGACUCGGACCUGGUCCUCGCUGCAGAGGCCGGCUUCAACCUGCUGCAGGAGAAGAAUGCGCUUGCUACCCGCGCCGCUGCCCGCGAGCGCGAGCUCGAGGCCCGCAUCGCCGAGCUCGAGGCCAAGGCCGGCGCAGGCGGAGGCGGCGCGAGGGUCAACACCGCCCUCAUCGACGAGUUCCAGGCCCAGGUCGACGAGGCCUACGCCGCACUAGCUGCUAAGGAUGGAGAGCUGGCUGCCGCCGCUCGCGAGAAGGAGCAGCUCGCUCGCGCGCUCGACGACACCCGUGCCGAGCUUGCGGUCGCUGCCAACGACGCCGCCGCCGCCGCCGCCGAGCUCGCCUCGGCCCACGCCGAUGCAGAGAAGGCAAACAAGAUCCGCGCCAAGCUUCAGCUCGAGCUAGAAGCUGCUGCCGAGUCUAUCCGGCAGGGCAACGAGACGACGGCUGCACUGAUCAAGCUCGAGCGCGAGCACGAAAAGGUGGUGGCUACAAACGUCGCGCUCCGCGAAGCGCUCGCAGACCUCGAGGCCAAGCUAGAUGCGGCCGCCCCGCUGGCGGCUGCGCAUGCCGGUCUCAAGGAGCAGCUUGACUUUACACGGGAGCAGAUGGCCGAACUCAAAAACAAGGUCAUGGAGAUGCAGGCCAGCGCGGCGUCACUGCGCGAGGAGAACGCCGAGCUGCGCGCUGCCGGCGGCGGCGGGACCGAGGACUUUGCGCACGCCUCGUCGCUCUUUGCCGUCCAGAUGAAUGAGGAAAAGACGGUACUCGAGAAGAACCUCGAGGCCGAGCGGCAAAGUCGGCUCGCUACCGAGCACGAGCUCAAGCACAAGAUCGAGGUCAAUCUUGCCGAGAACGCGCGCCACAUCUCCGAGCUCGAGGCCCGCGAGCUCGAGCACAAGGCCGCCAUUGCCCAGCUUGAAUGUGAACGGGUGUUCAAAGAGAGGCUCGAUGAACUCGAGGCUGCCGCCGAGCAGGCCAAGUCGAUGAUCCAAGGCUGCCGCCAACGCGCCGGGCCCAAGACCGAGGCCAAGAUUGAGGCGCUCAAGGAGUUCAAGAAGCUUCGCAUGACCGUCAAUCGCGCUGAGCGCAUGGCCGCCAAGGCCGUCGCCGCUGCAGCACGCGCCGCCGACGGCUACGCCGCCAAGCUCGCUGCUCUCGACGCCGCACGCGCUGCUGGGCCGCAGCCUGUAGAUGCAUAAGCGGGCGGGGACAAGUAAAUGUAGACUAC